AUGGUAAUGUUUCUACUGCUAGCUUUGGCAUUUGGUCUGGCUCAUGCUCAUGCUGAGAUUGAUGGAAAGUGGGUUACCAUUGCCAUUGCUGCUGACAAUGUGAACAAGAUAGAGGAAGGAGGACCUCUAAGAAUCUACCUUCGUGAACUUACUUGUACUGAGACGUGUGAUAGAUUGGGAGUCACAUUUUAUAUCAAGGAAAAUGGCCAGUGUAUGAAGACCAAAGUCAUUGGGAAUAGGCAAGAAGAUGGCAAGUACAGAGCACAGUUUGAAGGUGACAAUACAUUUGGACCUGUGUAUGCAACACCAGAGUUUACAAACUUUGCUAAUCAUAAUGUGGAUAGAACUGGCCAGACUACAAAUGUGAUUUAUGUUUUUGGAAAAGGUCAACUUUUGACUCCUGAUCAAUAUGAAAAAAUUGAGGAAUUUGCUAAGGUUCAGAACAUUCCAACAGAAAACAUCCAAGAUGUUUGGGCUAUAGUAUAUUCUUUGAAACCUUUCAAUAUAAAUUUUCAUGUAUGUCAGAGAAUGUCAUUAUUCUCUGUUGAAAGUACUCCUAUAGAAUCCCAAGUGCAAGGAAUUGGUGACUUCUAG